AUGUUUAUCAAGAAACUUAUUACGCUCGCUUCUCUUGCUGUUUUCGCAGCCGCUGCUUCGUCUGAUGAAUCCAGCUCUUCAUCUUCAUCCCGUCUUGUUUUGCCUAGAACUGCUACUAUCAAUGGUUUUGCUGACCCAAUCUACGACAGAUUGCCUGCCUGUGCCAAAGACUGUGUCGACCAGCCAGUGUCUUUCUGUCCAUACUGGGAGCCAGGAUGUCUUUGUGUGACCAACUUCGCUAACCUCGUUGCUCAAUGUUACGUGUCCAGCUGUAUUGGUGAUGAUAUCGUCCUUGCCGUCUCAUUGGCUAACUCUGUUUGUGCUUGGGUCGGUGUUCCAUCUCCAGCCUUCAAAGUCGCUGCCUCUUACUCCACCUUGUUCGAUGAAUUGGCCACUGCUGUCCCAUCUUCUUCUGUUGAGGUUGUUCCUACCGAUGCUCCUACUUCUUCUGAGGCUGUGUCUAGCUCUCCAGCCAUUACUUCUGAGGCCGAGUCUGCUCCAGAGAGUAGCUCCCCAGCCACCACCGCUGAUGAAUCCAGCUCUUCGUCUUCAUCCCGUCUUGUUUUGCCCAGAACGGCCACUAUCAACGGUUUUGCUGACCCAAUCUACGACAGAUUGCCUGAGUGUGCUAAGGAGUGUGUCGACCAGCCAGUCUCUUUCUGUCCAUACUGGGAGCCAGGAUGUCUUUGUGUGACCAACUUCGCUAACCUUGUUGCUCAAUGUUAUGUUGAGAGCUGUGUUGGUAAUGACAUUGUCGUGGCUGUCUCUUUGGCUAACUCUGUCUGUGCUUGGGUUGGUGUUCCAACUCCUUACUUCAGAGUUGCUGCCUCUUACUCCACCUUGUUCGAUGAAUUGGCAACCGCUGUCCCAUCUUCUUCCGCUGAGGUUACCUCGUCUGCUGAGGUUACUUCCUCCGCUGAGGUUAUUUCUUCUGCUGAGGUAACCUCUUCUGUUGAACUCGAUUCCUCCGCUCAAGCUUCUGGCGCUUCCUCUGAAGCUGAGUCUGCUUCUGCUGGCGCAGAUUCUUCCAGUGCUGCUGAGUCUGUUUACUCUACUUCUGCUUCUGCUGUCGCUUCCUCCGAUGCAUCUGAUGCUGCCUCCUCCGGUGCUGCUUCUGAGGAAGUCUCUGGCUCUGUCUACUCGACUUCUGCUUACACCGUUGGUACCUCUUCUGCUGACUCCAACACUUCUAAGACUGUCGUUGAUGACCUCACCGUUGUUGUCACUGACCUGACCACCAAGAUCGUCACCGUCUGCACCAAGUGCAAGACCUUGACCGGUCCUCUUACCACCUACACCACCGUCGAGAAGGGUCUCACCAUCACUGUCACCACUGACUGUGACACCGACGUGAGCUACACUACUUACACCACUGUGGUCAAGGGUGUCACCACUACUGUCACUGCAGAGUGCGACUACACCACUUACACUACUGUUGAGGGUGGUAAGACCACCACUGUCACUUCAGCCGUGGUCAAGACCUCUGGUGAGAAGCACGCCACGGCAGAGGAAGAUGUUACCCUCUACACCACCUUGUACACCACUGUUGUUGGUGGAAAGACUACUGUUGUCACUUCGACUAUUGCUGGCCACGCUACUUCUAAGGGCGCUAGCGCAGUUGCUACUGCCUCUGCUGCUCCUUCUGCUGCUCCAGCUGUCACUACCAUUGGCGAGAACAACGCUGGUUUGACUUCCCCACGUUCUGUCGUUAUGGGUUUGGCUCUUCUUGUGGCUGGUUUGGCUAUCUAA